AUGGCCAAGCCCCUUUGCCUCACCAGCAAUGUGUUCAAGGACCCGCAUCUCAACUUUGCAUUUGGAGGCACCGCCGAUUUUCGCGGCCGCCACGGCGUGCUCUACAACUUUCUGUCUGCGCCGGGCCUUUCAGUCAACAUCAAGACGGAGGAGGCGAUCUUCAAGAUCCACGACGGCGCGCUCACGGUGAACGGCUCAUUUUUGACAGAGGCGCACGUGGUCGUGCGAGUCGGUGCAGUGGGCGGGCAUGCCGGGCACAAGGCGACCGCCUCGUUCUGGUCGACCGAGCUGAACGAGCACAACUGGGGCUUUCAGGUGGUGAACGGAAGCUGCGGCGGUCGCCCCUUCAAAUUCGGUAAACACGGGGGGAAGAAGUGCUUCGAGCUCACCAUGGCAAUGGAGCACUCUUCCGCCUACUUCGCCCUGCCGGAUUGGACCGUGACCGUCCACGGAAUGCGCUCUGUUCCAAACGACCUGGACUGGGUCGCGGGGCCCCGCCAUCGGCUGGACAUCAGCUUCGCCAGCCGCGGCUCGCUCGCCCGCUCCAAGCCACACGGACUUAUAGGCCAGUCGUUUGCCACCCCGGGCCUGGUUAGGAACGGCAAGGUCGACGAGUACCCGUGGGAGGGUUCCUUCACCACAAGCGCAAUGGCCGAGGGCGCCAUCGAGGGAGUGGCGUCGCGGUACGAGGUGGCCUCGCCGUUCGCGACAUCCUUCGCUUUUGGGCGCUUCGACGCGGCAGCUGUUAAUGUCGAUCCCUCUCCGAAGCACGAGGCCUCGGGCGUCAUCGACGCCUCCUCCGUCGAGCGCGUCUCAGCGCCGGCGCUAGCCGCAGAGCGGCGCCGGCUCUCCGAGGCUCCGUGCCCGCCACCGUCGCCAGCGGCGGUCGCCGCCUCCCCGCCGCCAGUGGCAGUCGCCGCUUCCCCGCCGCCAGUGGCAGUCGCCGCCUCCCCGCCGCCAGUGGCGGUCGCCGCCUCCCCGCCGCCAGUGGCUGUGGCCGCCUCCCCGCCACCAGUGGCAGUCGCCGCCUCCCCGCCGCCAGUGGCAGUCGCCGCCUCCCCGCCACCAGUGGCAGUCGCCGCCUCCCCGCCGCCAGUGGCAGUCGCCGCCUCCCCCCCGUCCCCUGAGCCAUCGCCUCCUCCCCCACCAUUGCCCGGUCCUCUUGAGCCGUCGCCGCCGCCUCCCUCGGCCUCGCCGUCGCCGCCGCCUCCGUCGGCCUCGCCGUCGCCGCCGCCUCCGUCCGCCUCGCCGUCGCCGCCGCCUCCGUCCGCCUCGCCGUCGCCGCCGCCUCCGUCCGCCUCGCCGUCGCCGCCGCCUCCGUCCGCCUCGCCCUCGCCGCCGCCUCCCUCUGCGUCGCCCUCGCCGCCGCCUCCGUCGGCCUCGCCGUCGCCGCCGCCUCCGUCUGCGUCGCCGUCGCCGCUGCCUCCGUCCGCCUCGCCGUCGCCGCCGCCUCCCUCUGCGGCGCCCUCGCCGCCGCCUCCCCCGCCACCACCGCCGCCGGGGCCGCCGCCGCCACCGCCACCGUGCCCGUGCGUGUCGACCUAUCUAGCCUACGCAGGCUGCGAUGAUGACUACUACUCGUGGAAGCCGGCGACCUCGCGAUACGAGGCCCCCUCCAUCAACCGGCAGAUUUGCAACGGGCUUUGCCAACCCUUCGGUGUAGCGUGCAGCGCCGGUAGUUAUGGAGCUGCGCCGACCUCCUGUGUUGCCCUUACAACCGACGGUCUAUGCUCAAAGACUUCACCGCCACCGCCGCCGCCACCACCGCCGCCGGCGCCGCCGCCGCCACCGCCACCGUGCCCGUGCGUGGCCUCCUCUCGAGCGUACGCAAGCUGUGCUAACGACUACUACUCGUGGAACCCGGCGACCUCGCGAUACGAGGCACCCUCCAUCAACCGGCAGAUCUGCAACGGUGUUUGCCAAACAUUGAACGAAGUGUGCGGCGGCGGCAGUAAUUGGGGACCUACGACGACCUCCUGUGUUGCCCUUACAACCGACGGUCUAUGCUCAAAGACUUCACCGCCACCGCCGCCGCCACCACCGCCGCCGCCGCCACCACCGCCACCGCCACCGCCGCCACCACCGCCGCCGUCGCCGUCGCCACCUGCGGAGGCGUGCGACGCAGUCGGCCGUUGCCGCGGCAACGACAGCCGGUGCGGCCACUUCAGCGGUGGCAACCCCACGAGCAACGUCAACUUUGGGUGUGGCUCCCAGCAGGCGUGCCGAGCUGUUUCGGCUGGCUGCUCCAGCAGCCUCUCGUGCACCGAGGACCAGUGCCUCGGCUGCAAGGACGGCUGCGACUGCCGCUGGUCCGCCACCGUGCCCGAGGAGUGUGCAGAUACUGCCACAUCUCCCCUGGGUGUGUGCUCCGGCAACGAUUCCCGCUGCGGGCACUUCAACAACGGCAACCCGACCAGCAAUGUCAACAACGCCCCUGGCUGCCCCAACAGAAAUUCGUGCACCGAGGCCUCGUGCCUCGGCUGCGUCGAUGGCUGCGACUGCCGCUGGAGAGCAGCUUGA